AGUGUCGAACGCAGAAUUCCGAGCAACAUCUUCCCAGUGGAAGGCAGCAGGAUUGACAUUAAUUAGUUUCCUGCAGCUAAAACGCAAUGCAGCACCAACAUUGGCAGAGCCCACUGCAUACUCCGAGGCGCAGGUGGAACAGAACCAAAGCCAACAGCAUCGGGAGUGGCAGGAGCCUCAGCAGCAGAACCUAUCACCUGCCAGCCUUGUUGAUUAUCCUGCUCGUACUCAUCCAGAACUUUGAGCUCCACAUGUGCCGUCAAUUGAUGAGGCAGCCAAAUGAUAAACGCUCCAAGGACAAGCUCUCCUUCCUGGGCAGCGCUGCAGCCUCUGCACAGGCGGCCCAGCCCGAGGCUAUGGCUGCAGAUGAUAAGCGAAAUGCAGGAAGGUCAUCUCCCAGCCAGCCCGAGGAGAUAUUCAGUGCCCCAACCGACGAUAGCUACGACGAGUACCCGAUGGUUGUCCCAAAGCGAGCUGCUCUACUCCUGGAUCGACUGAUGGUCGCCCUGCACCAUGCCCUUGAACAAGAACGAGUUGGACAUCGCAUUGGUGACUUUUAUGCGGACAAGAACAAUCUUAAUGCAAAAUUGAGUGAAUACAAGAACGGAUUGGAGGAGCACCAUUCAGGAGAUGAUGGGAUCAAUCUGCAUAUGUAUAGCGAUGAUGAUCCGGGCGUAAUGUUGGAUUAUGAUUUCAAAGAUUUGAAUCAAAUCAAUCGCGCCACCGGCGAAACAUUAAUGGCAAAGAGCUUUCAGAGAAGAGCCGGUGCGGAGUCGGAGCGAAGUGGAUCGCCCGCCGCUGCUGGUUCCUCCCCCACUGGUUCCCGGCGCAUCCAUUCAUCCGGCGGUGGUCGCAUGUACUGGCGUUGCUAUUUCAAUGCCGUCAGCUGCUUCUAAAAUACCCAACCAAUCUAUACCCAUCUGGAGUGUAACAAUACGAUCCCCAGAGAUGUGUGUUUUAGAGACAGUUUCCAUUUCCCGUUUGGUGGCUGCUGUGAGAGUUUUUCGUGCAAUUAACUGAAA